AUGUUUGCUGUUUCGAAGUCCUGCUCCUCUCGGAAUGUCUUGCUAACCUCUCCACCUAUUGUCUCUUUGCCAGAUCCAUCAACUCACACUCAACCUCAACUCCUCAAAUUUGCCAUGUUUUUCGCGGUCAUCCUCGCCGUUGAUCACGACGUUGUCAGCUGGCGUAGCUGGUUCAACCGCCUACCCUUCACCUUGCGCUAUGGUGAAAGCAACUCCCAGUUGGCCUCGUUCGGAGUAUUUCCUCGUCGAGACGAGGUCGAGGAGCUUCGUCAAGUCAUGAUGGGCGACGAGAUCGAUGCCGAGAUGUAUCUCGUCCCGCAGGAGAUGUUGGACGAUUUUGUUACUUGUUUCAAGCAGAACACCGAAGCGGAUGAACAGACGCAGUGCAUGGUGGAGAGAGUGGAGAUCGUGAAGGAGAACGGCCACAGGAUCGUAACUCAACUGGAUGUCGAUGAGGCACAAGAAGAUUGGUACUGGUGGGUGCCUUUGUUCUAG